AUGGGAGAUUUGAAAGAAAACAUCAUAAAAACACUCGAAUCCAAAGGCAUUCUAGACUCAAUCAAAGCUCAGUUGAAAUCCCAAGUUCUCCAAGCUCUAGAAUCUCAAUCAGGUAAAGGCCAAGUUUUUAAGCCAGAAAGCUUAAAAAUCAUGGAAUCUGAAGAAGGAAAAAUUUGUGUAGAACUCAUCAGAGAAUUUCUGGAAUUCGCUAAAUUUAAGUCAACGCUAGAAGUUUUCAUACCAGAAGGGCAUUUAUCUUCAGCUAACGCAGAUAGGAUUUUAUUAGAAACAAAAACUGGUGUUAGAUUUGAACAAGGGAAGCCUUUACUUAUUGGUCAUGAUUUUUUCCCUGCAGACAUUUUCUAGGUGCCUUUGGAUCAAAUUUUUUUCUUGUUAGAUAUUUUAUCGAAAAACACUAUUUUUUGACCAAAUGGCUCUGAGAAAAUGUUUUUCAAGAGAAAAUCUCCCUGAGAAGCCUUUACUUAUGACGAUUUUAGAAAAGUUAAAAGGGCAAAAUUCGCCAUUUGGGAUAAAUAGCCCAGCCAAAGUGGCAAAGGAAGAGCCACCCCGGCAAAUUAUUCCUAAAUUUCAAGCUCUAUUAGAAGAAAAUUCUAAAAAAGUGUAUACUUUUUCAGGGAAAAGCAAAGAAGAGCCGAAACCUGAUAUUUAUGCAUUCCCAGAUAAACCUAUAGAAAACUUCAAAGUAGUUGAGCCUGUAAAAAAAGAACCCGAAAUAAAGCCGCCUGAGCCAAAAAAAGUUAUAUUUUUUACUAUAAAAUGGCAAAUUUAUUUCCAAAUAUUUAUCCCUACAUAAUUAUCUAUUAAAUUUCAAUUAACAUUUAAUAGAAUAUUGAAACUAAGCCUAUUGAGCAGCCAAAAACUGAUCCAAAUGAUAAAUUUAAACUAGCGCCUCUAGGAAAAGUCGGGAAAAAGCCUGCAACUUUUAAAGGUUUUGACGACUUAGUUGAAGAUGAGCCACCUAAGCAGCAAAGACAAGUGAGCCCUCCAAAAAAGCAAGUCUCCCCACCACCUAAGAAAACUGAUGUUUUUGAUUCAGAAGAAAGCAUUGAGGAAAGUAUUGAAGAGUAUAGUGAAGAUUAUGAAAGCAUUCAUAAAGAUCUGCUAGAGUCAAUUGGGACCAGCUCUAUGGGAGUUGACGUAAGUGUCAAUUCUCUUGCAUUGGAAGAGUUUGAUCAUGUAGAAAGAGUCAAACCUGCAAGAUAA